AUGGAACAUGACUAUUCAUCCAUCCAUCCAUCCAUCCAUCCAUCCAAACAUCCAUCCAUCCAUCCAUCCAUUUAUCCAUCCAUCUAUCAUCCAAACAUCCAUCCAUCCAUCCAUCCAUUUAUCCAUCCAUCUAUCAUCCAAACAUCCAUCCAUCCAUCCAUUUAUCCAUCCAUCUAUCAUCCAAACAUCCAUCCAUCCACCCAUCCAUCCAUCCAUCCAAACAUCCAUUUAUCCAUCCAUCCAUCCAUUCAUCCAUCCAAACAUCCAAACAUCCAUUUAUCAUCCAUCCAUCCAUCCAUCCAUCCAUUUAUCCAUCCAUCUAUAAUCCAUCCAUCCAUUUAUCCAUCCAUCUAUAAUCCAUCCAUCCAUUUAUCCAUCCAUCCAUUUAUCCAUCCAUCCAUUUAUCCAUCCAUCUAUAAUCCAUCCAUCCAUCCAUCCAUCCAUUUAUCCAUCCAUCUAUAA